GCCACACAAGGGCUCCCGCUCCAUGAAGCAAGAAGAUGAACUGAAAGGAAGAAUAGGUCGGUCAGAAACUUUUACCUUGAAGCCACAAGACUGUCAAUUGUUAUUAGCCAGCUACAAGAGUAGCUACAGCAUGCAGCGAAGUGAUUGGAGCGGAUCUCAAGGUAGCAGAAGCUGCCAAUUUCCUGUCACCUGGUGUCAAUCAGAGGUACCAGCCCCAGGGCCUGGUCUAUCUCACUCAUCUUCAAGUACUUGAGAUAGGAGAAGCAGCCAGCUGAUCUCAGCAGUGUCUGAAUUGGCCCUUGAGCCUUGAAGCCUUGGAGACUCAGGAGCUUGAGAACAGAAUGACAACACCCAGAAACUCAGUGAGUGGAACUUUCCCAAUAGAGUCUACCAAAGGCCCUCUUGCCAUGCAGCCUUCUCAAAAAGUAAACCUCAGGAGGACAUCUUCACUGGUGGGCCCAACACAAAGCUUCUUCAUGAGAGAAUCAAAAGCUUUGGGGGCUGUCCAGAUCAUGAAUGGCCUCUUCCAUAUUUCCCUUGGGGGGCUGCUGCUGAUCCCCACAGGGGUCUUUGCACCCAUCUCUGUGAGUGUAUGGUACCCUCUCUGGGGAGGCCUUAUGUAUAUUAUUUCGGGAUCACUCCUGGCAGCAUCAGCAGAGCAAACCUCCAGGAAGAGUUUGGUCAAAGCCAAAGUGAUAAUGAGCUCCCUGAGCCUCUUUGCUGCCAUUUCUGGAAUAAUUCUCUCAAUUAUGGACAUACUGAACAUUACCGUUUCUCAUUUUUUAAAAAUGGAGCGUCUGGAUCUUAGUAAAACUCCCAACCUGUAUGUUGAUAUCUACAACUGUGAACCAUCUAAUUCCUCAGAGAAAAACUCUCCAUCUACACGGUACUGUUACAGCAUGCAGUCUGUGUUUUUGGGCAUUUUAUCAGUGAUGCUGAUCUUCGCCUUCUUCCAGAAACUUGUAACAGCUGGCAUUGUGGAAAAUGAGUGGAAAAGAAUGUGCUCCAGACCCAAAUCUAAUGUGGUUCUGCUGUCAGCUGGAGAGAAAAAAGAACAGACGAUUAAAAUGAAAGAAGAAAUCAUUGAGUUAAGUGGAGUAUCUUCCCAACCAAAGAAUGAAGAAGAAAUUGAAAUUAUUCCAGUGCAAGAAGAAGAAGAAGAAGAAACAGAAAUAAACUUUCCAGAACCUCCCCAGGAACAGGAAUCCUUGCCAGUGGAAAAUGAGAUCUCUCCUUAAAUUCUUUUAUAAGCAUUAUUAUUUAGAGAGCUUCCAAGACACACAGUUACCCCCAUUUCUUGCGAUCUUCCACAUCUAUUCUCCAUGUUUCCACAGCUUAUCUUUGCAUAGAGAAGCCACAUCUAGCUCUUCUUCACAUUUGGAGAACAUAGCAAUUAUAGCAGAUUGUGUUGUCCUUUGCUUGGGAAUCUUACACCGGCAGAAAUGCUGCAGAACCCAAUUCUCAUUCACCUUUUUCUUGGGUGGGCAUUUUAGUAGUAUUAGUGCUUUUCCCCAUUUCUUCCAUCAGCAGCUGCAGCUGAGGGAAAAGACACAUUACUGUUCCAUCCGUCUCUGAACUCUCGGACUCCUUCCCUACCUGCACUCUUAGUGUAGUCCUUUUUGCAUUAUUGUUUUAAGGAAAAUAGAAAUAAUAAUGAAAGGAAAUGAGACAGCUAUUUUUUCAGGGUAACAGAGCCUGUAGCAUGUUCUUCCAGCUUCUGUAUCCCAUUUGGAAAGCUGUGAAAGACAUUAACUAACCCUAUCUCUGUAUAAACAGCAGAGCUUACACAUAAGCAAGUCUCUUUGACUUAACUUUGCCCAACUCCUGUUUCUGGGCUUCUGGUCACAUUGUUUUCUUCCUUGUAUUCUUUAGUCAAAAGAAGAAAGGAUGGUGGGACACAAUGGGUACCCAAAUCUCAAAUCAUAAGCAACACUCGUACUUACAGGAUGCUUUCCAGAGGGCAGAGUAGUUUAUGAAAUGGUUUCAUUUGAUCUUUCACGACCAUGAAAGAAUCCAUAUUACUAUUUUCAAUUAAACUGAAAGCAGGAAGCAAGCCAAAGCAUCCUAUAACCAUCAUACCUAAGGGUUGUGGGGACUUGACUCAGACCUAGCUCUUCAAAUCCUGGUGAUAUUUGAAAUGACCAAAUUAUAUAUAUCCAAUGUCUGCAUAAGCUGUAUCAAGAGCAUAGUCUAUGAGCAAUGUGUUGAGUCACAGAAGAGUCAGAAUUGGAUUUGAUACCCUGUGAAUAAAAACACCUAAAAACUUACAUCAUUCAGAAAACUAGUCAAGACAUUAAUUAGCAAUUAGCUAGUAAGCUAUAAGAUGCAGAUACUAAGCACUAUAAAUGGUCUCAGAAAGAUCAAGCUUGGAAACAAUAUAGUUAAGAUGUCAAAUCUCAGGUCACCAUAAUUUUCCACUCCUGUUCAUGUGUAGGGAGGCUAGCACCUGACCUAGGAACACUGUUAGCCUAAGAAGAUCUCACCAUAACCUAUCAGUCAGAUACCAUAAUCAGUCUGCUUUGAGGCAUGAUGGGUAUACGGACAACUUAAGUUACACUCCCUGGAAUUUUUCCAUUUCAUUAGAAGUUACUGGUGGGAGGUAUUUCCUGUAAUUACAAAUAAAAUGGAAGUAGAACUUUUCCCCUCAUGAAGUCUUCAAAACAAGCUCUAGAUGAAUAAAACUGUGUGUUCAUGACUGCAAUGGUUAACUCCACCUUGGGUGUUUCCUUAUUCUUCAUAACAUCAAACAACAGGAUGCUCCUGCAGCCUCAGUUCAUAUUUAUAUAACACCAACCUGUGUUUGAAUAGAGACACAUCAGGCAUAUUGGGCUAUUCCUACAUACCUCACACAUGUUCCAAGGAAAUUAUUCAUCCAGUAGGUCAUUACUA